GCGUCUGUCACGACUUCGUAAAUUUCAGUUGGAAUCAGAAUUGGCUAAUUAUCAAACGGGCUCCAUCUCUAAUGCAAGAAGAAGUUAAGUCUAUCUCUAAAAUCCAGCCUACUGUCAUACGGAGUAUAUAUAUCUUCUCGGCGGGGAGAAACCCGCAAUGGAAACCCAACAACAACCAUAUUAUUGGGGAAGCAUCCCAGAGGAAGACUAUUAUGCUCUUCAAGGCAUCCAUUCGUCCAAGUCUUUCUUCCACUCCCCUAGAGGCUUGACCCUCUUCACCAGAUCAUGGCUACCCACAGAGACCAGCACCCGAUGGCCACGUGGCGUCAUCUUCAUGGUCCAUGGGUACGGGAAUGACAUCAGCUGGACAUUUCAAGCAACCCCAAUCUUCCUAGCCCAGAAUGGGUAUGCUUGCUUUGCCCUUGAUCUGGAAGGCCAUGGCCAGUCCCAGGGCCUUAAGGGCUAUGUACCCAAUCUGGAUCUUGUGAUAGAGGACUGCCUCUCAUUCUUCAAUUCCAUCACCCUCCAGAACCCCCAGUUCCAGGACCUUCCCCAAUUCCUGUUCGGUGAAUCCAUGGGAGGAGCCAUUUGUCUGCUGAUCCACCUCAAGAACCCUGGCCUGUUCAGUAAUGGCGCCAUCUUAAUAGCUCCCAUGUGUAGAAUCUCUGAAAAGGUCAGACCUUCUUGGCCCAUCCCUCAAAUCUUGACUGCCCUUUCCAUUUUUGCACCCACUCUUCCAAUGGUGCCUGCUGCUGAUUUGCUUGACAAGUCUGUUAAAGUCCCUGAGAAGAAAAUCAUUGCCCGGAUGAAUCCGCACAGGUAUAGAGGGAGACCGAGGUUGGGAACAGUGCUGGAGCUGUUGAGGGUUACUGAUUAUGUUAGCAGCAAAUUAUGCGAUGUUUCUUUUCCGUUCAUUGUGUUACAUGGGAAAGCCGAUGUGGUCACGGAUCUGGAAGUGAGCAGGGAAUUGUAUGAGAUGGCAAGAAGCAAGGACAAAAGCAUCAAGAUUUAUGAGGGGAUGAUGCAUUCUUUGUUGUUCGGGGAAACAGAUGAAAAUGUCCAGAUCGUCCGAACUGAUAUCUUGAAUUGGCUUGAUCAGAGAUGCCUCUAAGGCUCUAAGACAAUCUCUCUGUAUUGAUGAUUGUUGUUUGAAAUGAAUUUGUGCUCUUAUACUUGUAUUAUAUAAAUUAUAAUUCUUCAAUGUUUCCUCCUGAAAUGUUGGCAACUAAUAGAGAUAAAAUUUGAUUGAGAUCAAUCUUUGCUUUUAACAUAACUACCAGAACUAAUA